UCGACAUUAAUGGCUACAUUUUCUUUUGGCCUAACACUUUGGGAGUAUUCCUCUAACCAUAAGGUAACAUGAUUUUUGCUCUGAGUAGCGACAGAGCUAGUAACAUUAGUAUUUGAGAUAGCUGGACUGCUGUUGACAGAAGUUGAUAUUGGAAAAUACUGCACAGUAUCUCCUGGGCUUCCUGAACCAAUCUGCAAAAAUCCUGCAGUAUCGGACCAAACAGAGUUAAAGUCAGAAAAGUACUCUAUCUCUUCAAAGUUAUUAGGUUAAACUCUUGCCACAAACCACUGAUCUUUCAUGUUAUGAGCGCCUGACAUAUAAACAUAAGGAUCUCCAUUGACUAUAACUGAUACAACUCCAGACAAGGAAAUAUUAGUUUGUUGAAAGCACUUGAUUCUACCAUAAGUUAAGGGAUUAAUAAUGUAAAGAUAUCUAGACCCAUCAGUGAGUUGGUAAUA